CAAAUGGCUGACUACUAAACGACGUUCUAGAAAUCCUAACAAAAAGAAUCCGAUGUAAUUACAUGAAAUAUGCGCUCUUUAUGAUAAUGAUUAGCAAAAUAAGAUUAUAAAGGAUACAAAGAAUUAAAGCAUUUAUAUAUUAUAGGCAAAAAAUCUGCCGAAAAGCUAAAAAUUGUAAAACAAAACCUAAACCUAAGCUUGCACAAUUCAUUAUUUUGCAAAGAAAAUACUUAUCAAGUGUGUGUUGGAGGCACGUCCGUCGAUUUGUAUGUUGAUGUAAUGUGAAGAGUUCAACUUAGGGCGGUGCACCCCGCCCUCGUGACCAUGGAUAGGGGCUACGAGAAGCGACACAGUAAGCACCACAAAGAGAAGCAUAAGAAGCGCUCUCACAAAAAAUACCGAAGCCACAGUGGUAACCAUGAACAGUCGUAUGCCACAGUGAAUUCUGUUAAACCCCUGGUGGAGUAUUCCGAUGUUAGCUCAGAAGCGCUGUCGGCGCCAGAGGCAGGUGAGAUUGAGAGUGAAGCUAGUUCAAUAGGCCGACACGUUGCUGAUGACUUGGACAGGACGAGGAAGACACAUUCAAUACGAACAUUUGUUGACAAUAAAACCAUAUCAGUGACAACAACAAGUCGUAGAGUAGCAGAGGAGUAUGCACUUGCACGUGAAUCAUCAGCAUCGAGGAAAAGACGUACGCUAGAUUACGUGGACGGAGAUCCUGAAUUUGAUGAGCACAGGUACAAAAAGAAGAAAGAUAAACGAAAGAAGGAGAAGAAGAAGAAGAAAAAGAAGUCUAAGCACCAAUCAAGGUCAGCUAGUCUGGAGAGUUUGUCACCGGAUGACAAUGUACCCACAGAGACCCCAGUCAGGCCUACUACUCCACAGAGGUACCAGGUGGUGCCACCAAUAUGUGAGUGGGAGAAAGGGUCGUCACCAAUACCGAAUGGGUCAUGUUCACCAGUGUCGCCAUCGACGCCGCCGCCGCGGGAGCGCCAUGAUGUGUCACCGCGACACCAUUUGCCUGUACUGCAAGAACUACCAGCCAAACAUAGAAAUCCGAUGCCUUUCUCUCCACAUCGGGAUAGAUCUCCACAUAGCAGGAGGCGACAGAAGUCUACUACCCCCCAUACGCCAUCGGUGCCCCCGUACCACGACACGGUCACAAUUGACUCCGACAACGAUCAGGAAUAUGAGAGAGUUAGGAGGGAUUACUGGCACGACCAGAGGAUCCAAUCGCCAAUAAUGGUGCCAGAUUCACCAAUCCACGAGACGAGGACGCGAGAGUACAGCCCGCGGCGGUCUCAUCGACGCAGCAGCCGCAGUCGCCGACACCGCAGCAGGGACAAGGAACGAUACAGGGAAAUCCGCGGCUCACACAGAUCUCACAGCCGCAGUUCGUUGAAACGCCGCCGGUCGAGCUCGCGGUGUCGUCGCCGCGAUUCGAGCGCGUCCCCGCCGCGACAUCGCACGCGACAUCGCGACGCGCGCGACGAACGCGACUCGCGCGACAUGCGCGAUCGUCACAGGAGUAGGCACGAAUCUCCAAGCCCGCCAACAACGAUGUUACAACGGAAGAUAGAUUUCAAAGAGAAAAUCAGCGACACAAGUCUGUUUGCUGAACUGGUGAAAGACAAACAUAAAAGAGCUAAGAAGCUACAAGAGAUCCUGAACCAGAAAGAGGAGGAGUCACUAGGUGCUAUUUCCACAAGUACAUCAAUCAAUAACCCCGAGGUGCUUACUAUUGAUGAACUCUCCAACGCCACAGCCGACAGUUCUACGCAGGCGUCAAGAGAGAACGGCGAUAACAAAGAAGGCCAGGACGUGGUCGAUAUCCCGAUGCCGAUGCAGCACGAACCUGAGGGGACUCCGCAACCAAACCAACAGAUACAACCUCCACUGCAACCUCUGCAACCGUUGCAACCAUUGCAACCACCACCAGACUUCGACUGCAUGGCUGCCGAGCCACUGCCUAACGCCAACGGAGACACAAGCAGCACCAACGGAGCUGAGGUGCCGGAGACGGUGCCGGGAGCAGGUGGUCCUCAGCCGCCGCCGCUGCCGAGGGUGGGCGGCAGCGUGGUGGAGGACGUGUACCUCAACUCGCAGCAGCCCGCGCCGCCCAAGCACCGCAGUCUCACCAAGCUGCCCAUGCCGCCCAACACACAGGUGGAAGAUCUAAAAACAUUAGCGAACGACAGUCCAUUAAGCACGCCAUCACCAAGUCCCGUGAAGAAACCUGACAAGCCCAAGAGGACGGGCAUUAUGAACUUACCAAUGCCGCCCGUGAUCCCCGGCUCCGAGGAGUUGUCAGGAGAGGAGUUGGAGGCUGUGACGCCACCACACUCUCACGCAUACUCCCACGUCUUCAGCGGAAGGAAACCUCCACAGCACAAUACGGGAACAAAGCUAAAGAGGCCGCGGAUACUAAAGCGGCGCGGUUCCAAAGUAGUUCCCGUAGCAACGCCCACACACCAUGCCAAGGACUGGGGCGAGAAGUGUGUCGACGGCUUCCAGGUAAUAACCCAAAUUGGCGAAGGUACCUACGGCCAAGUGUACAAAGCACGAGAUAAGAAUACCAACCAAUUAGUGGCGCUGAAGAAGGUCCGAUUGGAGAACGAGAAGGAAGGCUUCCCUAUCACGGCUGUGAGAGAGAUCAAGAUUCUAAGACAACUCAACCACAAAAAUAUAGUCAAUUUAAGAGAGAUUGUCACGGAUAAGCAGGACGCUAUGGACUUUAGAAAGGAUAAAGGCUCUUUCUACCUGGUAUUUGAAUAUAUGGACCACGAUCUCAUGGGCCUCCUGGAGUCGAAGAUGGUGGACUUCACGGAGUCACACAACGCGUCCAUAAUGCGGCAGCUACUCGACGGGCUCGCGUACUGUCACAAGAAGAACUUCCUACACAGAGACAUAAAGUGCAGUAAUAUACUGAUGAACAACAAGGGCGAGGUGAAGCUGGGCGACUUCGGGCUGGCGCGGCUGUGGUCGGCCGAGGACCGGCAGCGUCCGUACACCAACAAGGUCAUCACGCUGUGGUACCGCCCGCCCGAGCUGCUGCUGGGCGAGGAGCGCUACGGGCCCGCCGUCGACGUCUGGUCCAUGGGUUGCAUCCUCGGGGAGCUGUUUCUUAAACAUCCGCUGUUCCAGGCGAGCAUCGAGAUGAUGCAGUUGGAGAUGAUAUCCCGCGUGUGCGGCACUCCAGUACCGGGAGUGUGGCCGGGUGUUGUUCGCCUUCCGUUAUGGCAUACGCUUCGCCCGAAGCGCUACCACAAGCGUUGCCUUCGCGAUCAGUUCGCCUUCAUGCCUGCGCCGGCGUUGCAUCUACUCGAUCGUAUGCUGGAAUUAGACCCCGAACGGAGGAUCACAGCCGACGAUGCCCUCAAGAGUGCAUGGCUCAAGAAUGUCGUGCCCGACCAGAUGCCACCACCUGAGUUGCCGACGUGGCAGGACUGCCACGAGCUCUGGUCGAAGCAGCGUCGGCGGCAGCAGCGCGAACAACAAGAUCAGCAAGGGAAACCCAAACCGUACUUUGAUAACCCCGAGAAGGACCCCAACUUUAAACCCAACGACCAAGAGUUCAAAAGUGAACCGUACAAAGCGGAAAGUGGUUUCAAACCCACGGAACCCAAUCCAGAGACUGUGGGACAAGUGAAAUAGUAUAUGCAUUAUUAUUAUGGGUACUAUAAGUGAUGGUGACAUUCUAAUGGUGCUACAGUGUUAGACCAAUUGACUUUGUGAUUAUAUAUUUAUAGGUGAUGGGUGAUCUGUUGUAGAAACUGGUGAUAAUGGAUUGUGAGUUUAAUUCUUAUAAUUUUUAUUACAUCACACGUCUAAGUUCCUAAGACUAGUUACAAUUAGUCAAACGAGGUUAAUUUGAAUUCUAGAUUAAACCUUAGUCAAAAACUUGAGGAAUAGAAAAUUAUAUAGUUCAAGCAUAAUUCAUUAUUGAAACUCAUAGUAAACCACAUUAGCUUGUAUUAAAAAGUUAAAAGUCAUCACCAGUUUCUACUGAGUUAUAAAUAGUUAAAUGACGGGGCCAUAUUGGCCUCAACGGUAAUGCUUCCGUGUUUAAAUGCCAAUUAAAUUGGUCACAAGUGUAAAUAAUACGAUUUACAGAAACAUUAAUAUAGGCGUUGAUCGUAAGCUCAGUUAUAUCACAAGGUAUUUUGAAUAUAGCGUUUUCUUUACACUGUCGGCCAAUCUGAUUGGGUAGUAGUCUCGGCGUUUGUAUGAACGCGUACCAAAAUUAUAUAUUGAUAACCAAAGUGUCUCAUAGCGCUAGUUUACUGCGAACCAUUGCAGAAUAAAUUGUAUAGAUACGUAUGAAGUUGUAAAUAUUUAAAUGUAGUCUUAAUUCGCAAUAAGAACAAUACUGUUUCCUUUUAUUUUUAUAGUGAACUGACUUGUCUAUUAUGUUAAAUGUCUAUGUUAUAGAUGCGUAAUAAGUGAAUGUUAUUAUAGUGGAGUUGAUAUAUUUUGGUGGCGUUUGGGAGUAAUGGGAGAGUUUCAUAGACGCAUUUCGUUUCCUUUAAUUAUUAUUUCGGCAUUUUAUUAUCUCGUUAACAAAUGCAAUCAUGAACUUUAUAUAUGUAGAUCUAGUCCAUGUAUUACAAUUAAAGACAUAUCUGACAAUACAUUUUUAAUUUCGGCUGUGGUAUUGAUAAAAAACACUCAGGUCUUCACCGGCAAGUCCAGGAUGAUAAAUAUGUAUGCUAAAAUGUACCUAUUAGCAGUAAAGACAUAAAUAAACGACAGGCAACAUUUGUACGUGUUUGACGUGAGAAUGGACAUACUUUAAAACCAUAAAAGUAGGGAAUGUCUAUUCUCAUCGCCGACACGAGAAUAACGAAUAAUUAAGAUAAGAUGGAAGGAGGUAAGAAAGUAAAACACAGUGGUAAAUAAAGACACUCAAUUAUUUAUAACAUUCAAAAGUUAUCGCAUUUAGAAAAUGAAUAAAAUAAUGAUAAAUAUCAUGUGUAGUUAUUAUAUGUAAGUAUAUAGGCAAAACCCUUAUAAAAUCGGCGACAAGCAAUAUAUUUUGGUAAAUUUCAUAACGUAAAUAAGAUUAUUUUGCAUUUACUGCUGGAAAUUCUUUAUUGAAACGUAAUUAAAAUGAGAUUUAUUCGAUUAUAGAUGUAAUAAAAUGUAAUUGUUUUGGCAACUUUAAAUGACAAAAUUUUACUUGUGGUGUCAUGAUAUGGCAGUAACAUUGCGGGAUAGGAUCGCAUAACACCUUAGACCUAUAUAAUAUCGUCGCAUGAGGAUUAUCACGGUCGUCACAAAUUGAUAUUGUGAUGUCCAUGUUACGAUUAUUGUAUAAGUAUUGCGAUUUUAUGGGUUGACAACUCAUUGUUGAUUCCUCUAAUCAUUCCUUUCAUGUAUAAAAUAAUUAAUUUAGAAGCCUGUCUCCUUGUUGAAGCUCUAAAAAGUCACAUGGUAAAGUUUUGUGAUUGCACAUGUUAACUGCAACCGGAAUUGAUUUACUUUUGAUUUGUUAUAUGUUUAGUUUGAAGUUAACUAUGACAUCACAGUUAGCGAUCUCUAGGUUUUGUCUGUUUCUAAGAAAAAGAACUAGUAGAAUCAUGGUCAUAAUAGCAACUGAACUAAACAUUUGUUAUACUUGUACUUUGGAGUUUAGUAGUGAGUUAGAACAGAUCAGGUAUAUAUUUGUUCUUUCGGAAAUUGUUGUUCGUUUCGUUCG